GAAAGGGGGAUGGAGGGAAGGGAGGCCCUGGAAGAGGAGGAGAGGUGGGAGGAGAAGGAAAGGAGCUCUACUCUGGGAGCCCCUAGGUUGGGGCCAGGGGAGGGGAAGAAUGAGGGACUGGGGAGACCUCACUAGGCACACGGUCCCCUCUGCUCUUGCCCUGCUGCCCUCCCUGUGCGGGGUCAGGCGCAGGAGAUGUCCCUGGGGAAGUAAGAGUUCUGUGGAGGACAGGCUGACAUGCAAGGGGCUGUGGGAUCCCAGGGGAGGGGAUGCUCCCCCAGCCUUACCGGGAGACAAGGACGAGCCAGGAGGGCUUCAGGGCCCAGGAGGACAGGUGACCCAAUGGCCGAAGGACCUGGGCCGGCCAGCCAGACCUCCCCCUCUGGCGCCUCCCUCCAGCCGAAGUCCCGCCCUUCUGCCACACCCCUGACUCACUUCCUUUGCCUACCAGCGGAAACCUCCCAGCGCUUCCUCCCCUCACGCUCCCCAGGGACUCGCAGGUGUUGCUCCCCUCCAGGCCCGAGCUGGCCGGGCCAGACCCCUGACCCCUCUGGGACCGUCCCCAGGACCCUGGUGUUUUCUGUGUCCUGAGUUGCAGCCCCAGCAUCUGGCCUGGGCAGGGGGCUGCCCUUGGUGGGCUGGGGGGCCAGCAGGAGCUUAACCUGACAGCUGCAGGGAGGGCGACCUGCAUGCCGAGCGCCGCCUCUGCGCCAUGGACGGCGGCCAGGUCAGUCUGGAGCCCGCGGCCGCGGGCCCCAGCAUCCCCGGCCCGAGCGUGAUCGCGCCGCUGCGCGCCGUGGUCCGCCUGCGUCGCCGCGUGUGCCUCCUGCGCAAGCGGCGCCUCCUGCCGCCGGGCGCGGGGCCGGCCUCCGGGGCUGGAGCGGCCAGAGCCGGCUGCAGCUCGGGGGCGCCGCGCGCCGACUGGGACCGGCCGCAGUUCUUCACCUUCGACGGCCCGGCGGAGCUGCGCUCCAGGACGCCGCGCAAGAGGCGCCGGCGCAGCCGCGUGGUGCUCUACCCGGAGCCCUCGCGCAAGUGCCGGCCUCACGCCGAGCGCCGGAGCCGCGCGCAGCGCUGCCUGGUGUUACUGGUGGCCGUCGUGGGCUUCCAGGUGCUCAACGCCAUCGAGAACCUGGAUGAUAACGCGCAGCGCUACGACCUCGACGGGCUGGAGAAGGCGCUGCAACGCGCCGUGUUCGGGCAGCCGGCCGCCGUGGGGCGCAUCGUGGCGCUGCUGCGGGACUACCUGGCCACGCACGUACACAGCCGCCCGCUGCUUCUGGCGCUGCACGGGCCCAGCGGCGUGGGCAAGAGCCACGUGGGCCGCCUGCUGGCGCGCCACUUCCGCGCGGUCCUCGAGGACGGCGCGCUGGUGCUGCAGUACCACGCGCGGCACCACUGCCCCGAGCCGCGGGCGGCGCAGGCCUGCCGCGAGCAGCUGGCCGGGCUGGUGGCCGACGUGGUGGCGCGGGCCGAGGUGGAGGAGAAGACCCCGCUCGUGGUGCUGGACGAGGCCGAGCUGAUGCCGCGGGAGCUGCUGGACGAGCUGCGGAGCCUCCUGCAGCCGCAGCGGGCCCACCACUUCCACAACGCGGUUUACGUGCUCCUCAGCAGCGCGGGCGGCGCGGACAUCACGCGCUUCGUGCUGCGCAACGCGUCCAGCACGCGGCCCCGGCGCCCCGACGGGGAUCCGGACGGGGCGGCCACGCUGCGCGCCGAGGAGGAGCUUCGCGCUGCCCUUCGGGCGCUCCUGGUCCGCGAGCACCCGCUGUGGCAGGCCGCGGCCAUCGUGCCCUUCCUGCUGCUGGACAAGCAGGAUGUGGUCAGCUGCUUCCGCGAGGAGAUGGCCGCGGAGGGCUUCUUCCCGGAGCAGGCCCGCGCCGAGCUCCUGGCGGCGCAGCUCAGCUACUACCGCGUCGCUGGCCGGGAGUUCGCCGUCACCGGCUGCAAGCAGGUGGUGGCCAAGGUCAAUCUUUUGUAGCACAGCCUUAGCGGGACAUGGCGGUCGCCAGUGGGCCGGCGGGACUCUUGGGUUGGGGGUGGCAGUAGGAUGGAGGGGACCCUGUGGGUUUGCCUGAGGCCUCUAAUAAAUCUGUCUCCAGCCCCCACUGGCCUCCCCCCAGCCGUUUUCACCCUGGGACCUAGGGAGGCUGGCGGGGCUGGGCCAGUUCUGUGCCGGCCACUUCCAAUAACAGUUCCCCCUGAGCCCCCAAUCUGCCACCUCCUGGUUCUGAAUUCAGCCCACAUUUCUGAGCACCUGCCCUGUGCCCCUCGCAGCAGGCAUCCCGGCAGGUCGGCAUUCCCAUCUCCUUGCUCCAGAGGAGGGAUGGCCUCGGAGAAAGUGCGUGGCUCCCAGGGAGGGUCACGUAGCUGGUCCCCUGCAGCAGGACGUGACUUCAGCUCUGUGGGAGGGUCACGUAGCUGGUCCCCUGCAGCUGGAUGUGACUUCAGCUCUGUGGGAGGCCUGCACACUUGUACACACUCCCAUCCAACCCUUGCACACCUGCUCACCCCAUGGGCCCCGAAGUCCUGGAUGCUCUUCCUGCCAGGAGAAUCACGACGCCUCCCUGGAUUUGUCCUGGACUCCACGGCCCAGGAGCUGCUGGGAAGACGGGAUGUGUGGGAGUCUCCACGCGUGAGCUCACCCAGUGGAAUCCGCCAAAGGCUCUGGACGGCGGGGAGAACUCUCUCAGGGUGACAGGGGCGCUGAGUUCUCGGCCCCCCUGCCCUGGUCACCACCUUGCUCCAGGACGCUGAGCUGGGACGGGCCUUGGGGUAGAGAUGGCGUAGGCCCACCUCAGAGGGUUUCAGGUUUUCAGGCGCUGCGGGCGCCUUUUGCGCGUUUCCCCCGGAGGGCGGUGGUCGCGUCCAAGCGGCCCCCACCGGCUCUCGCAGCCCCAGCCCUGGGGUGGCCUCAGUGCUGCCGCCCGGUGGCCGCGCGGGGUCGCGGGGCCGCGGGGUCUGGGGGCGGGGGAGCGGGGACACGUACAGCGAAUGCCGGCCGGGACCUGAGGAGCAGAGGCGAAGCUCCAGCUGGCCCGGCGCAGGGCUGUGCGCGCCACCCCCCGCGUCAGAGCUCAGCACACCCCCGGGGCCCCGCAGACCCGGGCACCAGCACAGGCCGCUCCGGAGGCUCCCGCCGUGGGGAGAAGCCCCCGCCCAGUCCCAGGUCGGCGGUUCUCUCCCGGGCGGAGGUCUGCCCGUAGGACAGGGAAGCUGCUGGGCCGGACCAGCGGCGGCACCCAGGUGGCAAGGGCGGAGGGCUCUGGGCUGGUCCAGAGAAGUUCUGCGAACUCCUGGGGCCAGGCAUGGGUGCAGGGAGAGGGGAGGUGCAGGCGACAUUUGGAAGCUUUGUCCCCCCCCCCCCCGGUGGGGGGAGGCGUGGCCAUGUCUGUCCACCCGACAGCACUUGCUGCGCAGCUGGGGAAAGGAGCCGGUGUCUGUUCCAAGGUCCUGGCCCGGCCCCUGCAUCCGGGUGAGGGAGACAGGCCCAUCGUCCUCCCGGCUUACACUUCUCGUGGGACUUUGUCUUUGCCUUUUAUGCUUUUUUAUAUCUUGCUGUAUUUUUAGUUUUUGGUAGUGGUUCCCCUCAGGGUCCCAUCUGUCUCCUUAAUCUGCUGGCAGGUGUACCCCGGAACGAGGAGUUACACCCUCACUUGGGCAGUGAACCCAAGGGCGCUGGAGUGAGGGCCAGUCUACCCUCUCCGCCCUCAGAGCCGUCUCACCGAGUACUUCAACUCUGUCCUUUCAUCCAACCCCCCUUAUCAGACAUUAUAUUUAAUUUUUAUUGAUUUUUAAAUUUUAUUUUAUUGAUGUAUUUAUAAACUAGUUCCCUCUUUUUCUGGGGCUCUGUAAUUCCCAUUCUGCUAGAAACCAGGUUCUCAGGUUCUCUCUGUGCCGGUGGGACUGUUUUCCAGCCGUGAGUCAGUUCAUGUUCCCUGGGCUGGGACAGCUGGUAGGACACGAUGCUUGAAGACUUACUUGGCUCUUUUUGGGCUUUUUCCCUUAGAACUUGAUUUUGUU